AUGCUGGUUGCUGUACUGGUUGCCAGGGGCAUCGUCCCCCAGGUCAAAGCCCCAACCCCACCCUCAACCCCAACCCCUAACCCACCUCUCAACUCACCCCUCACCUCACCUGUGACACCCCCUGUCCCACCACCCAUCACAUCACCCCUCACCUCACCUGUGACCCCUCCUAUCCCACCCCCUAACCCACCUCUCAACUCACCCCCUACCUCACCUGUGACCCCUCCUGUCCCACCACCCAUCACAUCACCCCUCACCUCACCUGUGACCCCUCCUGUCCCACCCCCUAACCCACCUCUCAACUCACCCCUCACCUCACCUGUGACCCCUCCUGUCCCACCCCCUAACUCACCUCUCAACUCACCCCCCACCUCACCUGUGACCCCUCCUGUCCCAUCCCCUAACCCACCAGUCAAUUCACCCCCAACCUCACCUGUGACCCCUCCUGUCCCACCCCCUAAUCCACCUGUCACAUCACCCCCUACCUCAUCUGUGACCCCUCCUGUCCCACCCCCUAAUCCACCUGUCAACUCACCCCCCACCUCACCUGUGACCCCUCCUGUCCCACCCCCUAACCCACCUGUCAACUCACCCCUCACCUCACCUGUGACCCCUCCUGUCCCACCCCCUAACCCACCUCUCAACUCACACCCACCGGCAGCCCCCACCCCACCUGCUUUGAGACACCUAACCCCACCAGCAGCCCCCACCCCUCCUGUCGCUCCACCCAUCACUGUCAAGCGACUCCUCCUCAGGUAA